CUCCCUUGAGUGAGCUCUUUUGUAUGAGUGUAAACAUGCCAGGGUGUUGAUGAAAAUUACAUUGCAGUACUGGCAGACUGAUAGGUUUAAAACUUCCAUUAUACCGUCGUAAAUACCUACACAUAUAGGGUCUAGGGCCUUUAUAUGUUGUAUACAGUGAAACAGUAAAUGCACAUACUUCUGUUGUAGAUGUCUAUAAGUGGCUUGUAACACAAGGAAGAUGGCGUAUGAUGAGAAAUUUGCUGAUAAGGUAGCAGACUUAUGUUAUGCAAAAUACCAGUCAUUGCCAAAGAAAGGCAAACCUCAGAGAGACAAAGAAUGGACUUUGUUAUCCUGUGUGGUGCUGACAAGAAAUGCCAAGGAGAUGAGAGUUGUUUCCCUUGGUACAGGAACAAAGUGUAUUGGGAAGAGUAAGCUAAGCCCAGAAGGUGAUACAGUCAGUGACUGCCAUGCUGAGAUUGUGGCAAGAAGAGCUUUCCUAAGAUAUCUGUAUGCUGAGCUGACAGAAGCCUACAGUGACAGAAAAAGCCAGAUUUUUGAUGCCCCUGACAGCACUUCCAACAAAUGUCAACUCAAGUCUGGCAUUCAUUUCCAUUUUUUCUCCAGUCAUACCCCAUGUGGUGAUGCUUCAAUUUUUCCCAAAGAUGUAUUGUCUGAGAAGGAAGGAGUAGACUGGGACUCCUUUUGUUGGCAGUAUGGCAGGAAGAGAAAGUCAGAUACUGAGAAUGACACAGGAGUUAAAUGUCUUAAACAAGACAAUGUAGAGAGCCGUUCAGCAAGUCAAAGCUGCAGGUCAGAGUCCACAAGCCCUCUCAAUUUAACACAGACAGAUAAAGAUGUUGUCCACAAUAAUUCAAAAGACCAAACUGAUGAAAUCGUAGAACCCAGUGGUUUGCAUACAAGUUCGGAACAAAGUGUCAAGUUUUCUAAGCAUUCUAUCCAAUCAGGAUGUCCAAAACAGAGUGAACAGUCUCAAUGUAGUGAUAGUGAGAGUGAAUGCACAAAGGGAGACAACCAGUGCUCUAAAAUGAAAAAUCAUCUCCCACAACCAGAUAUUUUUAGGACUGGGGCAAAACCUGUUGCUGGAGGAGGGGAGGACCCCCUUGGGAAGGGGGCAGAGUACCACUCUGUGGGGCUGUUCAGAAUCAAACCUGGCAGGGGCGAGAGGACACUCUCCAUGAGCUGUAGUGACAAAAUGGCUAAGUGGAGUGUACUGGGAUGUCAAGGGACAUUACUUUGCCACUUUCUUCAACAGCCAGUGUAUUUCUCCUCCAUUGUAAUUGGCAGAUGUCCGUUCAGCAAGGUAGCCAUGACUAGAGCAGUGAUAGAGAGAUCAGAGGGCGUUAAAGACCUCCCAGGAAGCUUUCACAGCACGAGGCCCAACAUCAUACAGUCUGGUGUGGUCUUCAAAGAUGGGAAAGUUAGUGUGGAGAAAAAAUCUGAAGGAAGAGUUGUUCCUUCCUCUACAGCCAUAAUAUGGUACAAUUCCAUGGAAAAAACAGAAGUUAUCAAUGAGGGUAGACCACAGGGCUUAACAAAGAAAGACUGCAUAAAAACCCCAGAGAAAUCAAGGAGUAGGAUAUGCAGAAGAGAGUUAUUCAACUGCUUCAUCAGACUUGUGAAGUCUGUUCAGGUGGAGAAUUUUCCUCACUUAAAAAAUCGUGGCAUCACCAACAGCUCCAGUUACUUUGACUGGAAGAUGGCCUCGGACGAUUAUCAAAGGGCAUGGCAGAAACUGAGAACACACUAUAAUUCUUGGAGCGAGAAACCAAUCCAACUGUUAAAAUUCCACUCUGAUGUUAGAUAGGAUUAAAUAAUUAUUUGUAUUGAA